AAGUCAUCAGUUUCAUUUCGUAUGAUAUAAGAAGACUCAAUAGUCUUAUAAGCCUAUCAUAAUAAUGAGGGCAAUAGUAGUGAUAGUGAAUUUAUUUAUAAUCCAGUUUGUGACACUAACUUUGGCGGCUACGCCUGAGUCGUCAUGGUGGAAAAAUAUUCUUGUCUAUCAAAUUUAUCCAAGGAGUUUCAUGGACAGUGAUGGUGACGGGAUUGGUGACCUCAACGGCAUUACCAGUAGAUUAGAGCAUAUUCGUGAAACCGGUGCCACAGCCUUUUGGCUUUCUCCUAUUUAUCGAAGUCCUCAAAAAGAUUUUGGCUAUGAUAUUUCCGAUUUCACUGCUAUUGACCCACAAUUUGGUACCAUCGAUGAUUUUAGAGCACUUGUUCGACGAGCUAAAUCUCUUGGAUUAAGAGUUUUAAUGGAUCUAGUGCCUAACCACAGUUCAGAUCAACAUGAAUGGUUUAAAAAAAGUGUAAAGGGGAUCAAGCCUUACGAUGAUUAUUACAUCUGGCGAGACGGUAAAAUCGUUAACGGAGUAAGAUCACCUCCUAACAAUUGGAUUUCAAUUUUCGGUGGACCCGCAUGGACAUGGAACGAAGAAAGAGGCAAGUACUAUUAUCAUCAAUUUGUCGCUGAACAACCUGAUCUCAACUAUCGAAAUCCUGGAUUAAGGAAUGACAUGAAAAACGUUUUACGUUUUUGGCUCGAGCAAGGCAUCGAUGGUUUUCGUAUCGAUGCUAUCAUUCAUCUAUUUGAAGACGAAAAAUUACGAGAUGAGCCACUUUCUCGUCGACCUGGAUUCAACUCUGAUGAAUAUGAGUAUUUAGAUCAUAUCUAUACUCAUGAUCUUGAUGAAAUGUACGAUGUGGUAGAUGAGUGGCGUCAACUUAUGGACGAUUUUUCUCGACGGAAUAAGUCUGCAACUAAAUAUGCUAUAGUUGAGGGUACAAGCCUGAAGUUUUUCGACCAUGGCGUAGACCCAUUCAAUUUUAUGAUCACCGGGGAGUUUAACAAGAAUACUAACCCAGAGUAUUGUGCAAGGCGCAUAAAUGAAUACUUGAGCCAGAUACCAUAUGGUAAUAUGCCAAAUUGGGUUGUAGGUAAUCAUGAUGGAUCUCGAGUAGCAUCGCGUUUCGGCAGGGCUGAUCAUAUGAGCAUGUUGGCUUUGAUGCUACCAGGACUCACGGUUAUUUAUAACGGAGAUGAAAUUGGCAUGGUCGAUCGACCCUUGAGCUGGGAGGAAACCGUCGAUCCAGCGGGAUGUAACGCAGGCCCAGAAAAAUACAAUCAACGAUCUCGCGACCCUGCCCGUACCCCUUUCCAGUGGGAUAACACUACAAAUGCUGGAUUUUCCUUUGGCCGCAAGACAUGGUUGCCAGUUCAUGAAAACUACCAUCAUCUUAACCUUUUGGAUCAACAGCAAGCUCCGAUUUCACAUUUCAAGACUUUUAAACGCAUGAUAAGGCUAAAACAAUCUGAAUUGGUGCAAACGGGAUCUACUGAAAUAAGUACAAGUGAUGACGGACGAGUACUGGGACUCGUGCGAAGGUUACCACAUCGAUCGCCACUGGCUUUGUUGAUUAAUUUUUCUGAAGAUACUAUUAUCCUGAAUCUUAUGAAGUGGAUGCAUUUACCGGAAAGAUUAAAUAUAUAUGCUGCCAGUGUAGAAUCGAACUUCCGCGUUGGAGCCAUGGUACGACCGGGUAAUUUUCUAUUACCUGCUGCAGCCUCCGUAGUACUUGCUGGAGAUGAUCUAGACAUCUAAAUUUUUUUUGUUGUAAUAUGACUCAACCCAAAAGUUAAUAUUAGUGUGUAACGAUAAAAAUGAAAUAAGUUAUAAAUUACUGUAUAUUAUAAGAAAGAACUAAAUAUAAAAUUUUUAUCAAGUUA